AUGAGACUCUCUCACAUUCUGGUUUCACUUAUUGCACCCAUAAGCAUCAUGGUUCAAUGUUUGGAGUUCGAAGAUGUAUUGAAGCACGAAUUGGAUAAAAAUCAGGUGAAUAUUACAACCAGAGAUAAUAUGAUUCCAUUUAUAAACCAGUAUAGAUUGAGUACCCAAGAACAAGUAGGACUUGGUAUGAUUCUCUUCGGAGAAGCUGGUAUUACACUUGGUGGCAUUAUUCCGUAUUGUACAAAUAGUAAUUAUGGAGCAGCUACGUUUGGGUCUACAACUAAUUGUGCUAUAGCUUUGUUUUCAGGGUUGGUGAUGUUUAAUGGUAUUUUGUUGGGUCUUUUUGGUUCAAAGCUUGAUAAUAAGUUGUUCAAUAAUCCAAAGCUUGAACUUGAUCCACCUAUUUUGAGUAAUAACUGGUCUAAUAUCACAAAAAGUGCUUAUGAGAGAGGUUUCGAAAUUGAUUAUCUGUAUUAUAAAAAUUUGAAAUAUGACAGUGGUGAAGUGCUGCUUUUGGAAGAUUUUUAUGUGGUAUAUUCAGUUGAUGGGCUUCAAAUAAACCACAGAUUCAAUAAUGAUGAUCUUACAUACAAGGAAAUUGCAUUUAAGCCGGUAUCAUUUCUAACAUCAAUGAAGCUUAAAGUGAAGAAUUUUUUGAGCCGAUUGAUGAAUACUUGA